AUGUCAUCGGAGGGAAGAAAUGACGCCAUUGAUGGGUCCUUGGAAUAUGAAGAUGAUGAAAUAAUAGAUUCUCUGACCACUGUACCAGAGCCACAACAUGGACCUUUACCUCAAGCCAAUCACAUUGAUGACGGUGUUCUUUAUGAAGGAAAGUCGGAAGAUAAUCCAUUAGGUGUUUAUAAAAGAGAGUUUGUUUGUCAUCGUGCUGGUACUAUUAGCGCAGACAAAGAUAAUGAAGUGGAAGGUAAAAGGAAACGGAAGUCGUCAAGAUGUAGUUGUGGUGCUAAAUUGUUGGUGAAUAUAACAACAAUUAACUCUGAGAAAAAAUGGGUGGUGAAAUAUUUUAAUAAUAAUCAUAACCAUGAGUUAUUAUAUGAUAAAGACGUUAAAUUUCUUCCUGCUUAUCGAAGUAUUCCAACUAUUGAUCAAGAUCGUAUUCUUUUGUUGUCAAAAGCUGGUUGUUCUGUUAGUUUGAUAAUUAGAGUGCUUGAGUUAGAGAAAAACGUAGAUGCAGGAAAUCUUCCAUUUUUGGAUAAAGACAUUAGAAAUUUCAUUGAAUCUCAAAGUGGUAUUGGUAAAGAAUUUGAUGCUUCAAAUGUUCUCAAAUUAUGUAAAAGUCUUAAAGAUACAGAUAAUGCAUUUGAGUAUGAAUUUCCAAUCGAUGAAAAUAACAAAUUGGAGCAUAUUAUUUGGGCAUUUGGUGAUUCAGUUCGAGCAUAUGAAGCCUUUGGAGAUGUGAUUGUUUUUGAUACCACUUAUCGAAUAAAUCGUUACGACAUGCCGCUUGGAAUUUUGGUUGGGGUCGAUAAUCAUGGCAAUUCCAUUUUCUUUGGUUGUGUUCUAUUGAAAAAUGAGAAGAUUCCUUCUUUUACAUGGGCUAUAAAGACUUUUCUUAGUUUUGUCAAAGGAAAAUAUCCACAAACAAUUCUUACAGAUCAAGAUCUUGCAAUGAAAGAAGCUAUUGCAAUGGAAUUACCAAACACAAAACAUGCAUUUUGCAUAUGGCAUAUCCUGGCAAAGUUACCAACUUGGUUUUCUCUUCCAUUAGGGUCGAGAUACGAUGAUUUUAAAGAUGAGUUUUAUCGAUUAUACCAUUUAGAAUGUGAAGAUGAUUUUGAGAGGGAAUGGAAAUUGAUGGUUGAACGGUUUUGUCUUAGCAAGGAUAACCAUAUUAACUUGCUCUAUUCGCUUCGUCAAUUUUGGGCACUAGCUUAUUUGAAGGACUUCUUUUUUGCUGGAAUGACUACAACUGGACGUUCAGAAUCUAUAAAUUCAUAUAUAAAAAGAUUCUUGGGAGCCAAUACAAGUCUGACUGAUAUCAUAAAUCAAGUUGGGGUUGCUGUUAACAUUAGAAAUCAAGCUGGAGAAGAAGCAAGAAUGCGUCAAAAGUACCACAAUCCUCGUAUUAGAACGUGUUUUCCUAUUUUGGAACAUGCUGCAUCUAUUCUUACACCUUAUUCCUUUAAGUUGAUUCAACAUGAGAUUGAGUUGUCUACAAAAUAUGCGGCAACUGAAACUAAUAAUAGUGUAUUUAUUGUGCGACAUCAUACCAAAAGUGACGGAGGCCGCUUUGUAACUUGA